UCACGCAGCCUCUUUCCCCGGCCACAAAACCACCGUGAGUGUCCAGCUCACUGUUCUCGAAGAAAAAAUAAAAACGCAUAAAAAGUAUAAAAUCUACAAAAUCCUAAAAAAUACCUAAAGAGAUACAAACUUAAAAAAAAAAGCAAAACACAAGUUUUCUAAAAAAAAAAUUGAUAAAAAGGAAAACGUUUGGUGGCGCAACAUUAGGACAAACCGGACCAGAGGAAAUUUAUUAUCGUGACGCGCACUUCGGAGCCGAAUUAAUUCCGUGAAACCCAGAAGUGAGAUGAACACAGCGACGGGGAGUUAUCCGAUGGCUUCUCUCUACGUGGGCGACCUGCACCCCGACAUCACCGAGGCGAUGCUGUACGAGAAGUUCAGCCCGGCCGGACCGGUGCUCUCCAUUCGGGUCUGCAGGGACAUGAUCACCCGGCGCUCCCUUGGAUACGCUUAUGUCAACUUCUCCCAGCCGGCUGACGCCGAGAGAGCCCUGGACACCAUGAACUUUGACGUGGUGAAAGGGAAGCCCAUCAGAAUCAUGUGGUCACAGAGAGAUCCCUCCCUCAGGAAGUCCGGGGUGGGCAACGUGUUCAUCAAGAACCUCGACAAGUCCAUCGACAACAAAGCUCUGUACGACACCUUCUCCGCCUUUGGCAACAUCCUCUCCUGCAAGGUGGUGUGUGAUGAGAACGGCUCAAAGGGCUACGCUUUCGUCCACUUCGAGACGCAGGAUGCCGCCGAUCGAGCCAUUGAGAAGAUGAACGGGAUGCUCCUGAAUGACCGCAAGGUCUUUGUGGGUCGUUUCAAAUCUCGCAAAGAACGGGAGGCUGAGCUUGGCGCCAAAGCCAAAGAGUUCACAAACGUUUACAUCAAGAACUUUGGAGACGACAUGGACGACGAACGGCUGAAGGAGCUGUUUGAGAAACACGGUAAAACCCUGAGCGUGAAGGUGAUGACAGACUCCACGGGCAAAUCCAGAGGGUUCGGAUUUGUCAGCUUUGAGAAACACGAGGACGCUAACAAGGCGGUGGAGGAAAUGAAUGGCUCUGAACUUAAUGGCAAGACCGUAUUUGUGGGGAGGGCUCAGAAGAAAAUGGAGCGUCAGGCGGAGCUGAAAAGGAGGUUUGAGCAGCUGAAACAGGAGAGAAUCAGUCGCUACCAGGGAGUUAACCUUUACAUCAAGAAUCUGGAUGACACCAUCGAUGAUGAGAAACUACGUAAGGAGUUCUCUCCCUUUGGGUCCAUUACAAGCGCUAAGGUGAUGCUAGAAGAAGGUCGUUCGAAGGGUUUUGGCUUUGUCUGCUUCUCUUCACCCGAGGAGGCCACCAAGGCCGUCACGGAGAUGAACGGACGCAUCGUUGGCUCCAAACCGCUCUACGUGGCUCUCGCUCAGCGCAAAGAGGAGCGCAAAGCCCACCUCACCAACCAGUACAUGCAGCGUAUCGCUGGCAUGAGGGCCAUGCCCGCUAACGCCAUCAUUAGCCAGUUCCAGCCUACCAGUGGCUACUUCAUGCCAGCUGUGCCACAGGCCCAAAAUAGGACGACAUACUAUGCUCCGAACCAGCUGGCCCAAAUGCGACCCAACCCCAGGUGGCAGCAACAAGGUGGCAGAGGUCAAGGUGGUUUCCAGGGAAUGCCCAGCUCCCAGCUGCGUCAGCCUGGACCCCGUGCCAACCUAAGACACAUGAGUCCCGGCGGUGGCUCUCAGGGCCCAAGAGCAGCAAACCAGGGCAUGGCUACUCGUCCAUCCAUGGGAGUCUCCGGUCCCCGGGCCAUGCCUCCUUACAAAUACGCCACCGGUGUCCGUAACCCCAACCCCCAAGUGGUGCAACCUAUUGCCUUACAGCAGGCUCAGCCAGCUGUGCACGUUCAGGGCCAGGAGCCUCUCACGGCCUCCAUGCUGGCUGCUGCACCUCCUCAGGAGCAGAAACAGAUGCUAGGAGAACGUUUGUUUCCACUGAUUCAGAGCAUGCACGCCAACCUGGCUGGAAAGAUCACAGGCAUGCUGCUGGAGAUCGACAACUCAGAGCUGCUGCACAUGCUGGAGUCACACGAAUCUCUCCGUUCAAAGGUGGAGGAGGCCGUUGCUGUGCUGCAGGCCCACCAGGCGAAGAAAGAAGCCACGCAGAAAGCUGGCGGCAUGACCACUGCUGCUGCUGCAACAUCCUGAAAACUGGUGGAGUAAACUGGGCAGAGAUGAACAUCACUACAGGGACUCCAAACACCCGAGUCCAUUAAAUGUGCAACAAUUGAAAACAGGAAGUACUUUAGAAACAUGUCACAGUGGAAACAUUUUUAGUUCCUUCAUAUCUAUAAUAUGCAAACAGAAAUAAUAGCAUUUGCUCUACUUUGCUGCAAAGGAGAAAAACAUCUUUGUUCUAAACUGCUUGAAAACUUCACAUUUGCCUUCAUGUGACAUUUUCAUGGUUGUGCGGUAUUUUCAAUAAAGGCUUGAUGGAUUGAU